AUGUCUCCAACCGUCGAUUACACCCUGCCUGACCCCUCACUCACAAAGGACGGCGAGGCACAAUGCGCCAAGCUGAGGGAGAACCUCAUCGAUACCUUUACCAAGGACGUGAGUAACCCCGAUGAUAUCGCUAUCGUCAUACCAUCCGUAUCAAAAGACUUUCCUCAAGUCAACUUCUCCACCGUUGAUCCCGUUUGGCCUGACAAGAAAUCAUCUGCGGGCCGGCAUUACGCACAUACCAAACAGUCCAUCCUUGCUCGUGGAAAGCGUGCUCUAGAGGAUCUUCACAAGAGGCCUGAGAAGCUCAUAUUUGUGGUGUCACACGCUGGCUUUCUUAGGCUAGGUGUCGUUGGCUAUUGGUUUUAUAAUAGUGACUACCGCGUCUUCGAUUUUGAAACUGAGAGGAAUGCCGACGGUGGGCUGAGAGUUGUCCAGCAGAAGAGGACUCUCACUGGUGGUCUGGGUCUAUCGUGGGAGGAUCCUGUUGCCCUUGGCGGUGAUCUCCCAGAGGAGGAUCCUGAAACCGAUCCCAGUGCUUUUUAG